AUGACUAUCGCUAAAAGAAUAGAUUGUGAUACAGCAAAGGUCAAGGUUUUGAAUCUGGAGCUGGCGGUAACAGACAGGGGUGGUCUCCAGGCUAACACCUCGUUCAACGUGACAGUGAGCGACAUCAACGACAACGCACCGACAUGUUCGUCUCCUAUCAGCAGAAUGAACAUCACAGAAAACGGAACAAUAAAUACGGUGAUUGGAACACUGAACUGUUCGGAUAUAGACGAGGAACCGAAUGACAGCUUCAUACUCAACAUAGUGAAGGGCAACGAAGAUUCUGUGUUCAAGCUCCUGGCGUCGGAUCUCAACGUGGACGGGACGAAGAUUGACUACGAGAGCAUGAGGGACCGCGACUUCUCCUACACCGUCACCAUAGAGGCCAUCGACUACCCAGUGAAUGGGGUCGCUAGGACCGGGGUCACGGUCAUCAUAGUCAAGAUAUUACCAGCAAACGAGUUCGCGCCAGUUUGGGUGUCACCUGGAGGUGGGCAGAAUGGAACAUUCCCUUCUCAGAGUUUGUCAGAAAUUAGCCAACCAGGAACAAGUGUCACAACAUUCUCUGCACGCGACAAAGACAUGGGGGCAGAUGGUGAAAUCCGGUACAGCAUUCAGUCCGUCGUGUCAGAUAGUGGGAAAAACAUGCUGGACUCUUUAAUCAUUAACGAGAUAACUGGCAAAGUGGUGACAGGCAAAGCUUUGGACAGAGACAGUGUCACGGGAGGGACAGAAUACAUUGACAUAGUCGUUGUUGCUAGAGACAACGGGUCACCAAGCAAAAGAACCGAAGGCCGUCUGCGUUUGAUCAUCACUAACGCCAACGACAACAGGCCUGAGUUUAACCAAACUCUAUUUGAUGUAAUGGUCACGUGCGACAAGACAGAGAAAGAAACUCUAGUAGACUUUGGAGUCACUGACGCCGAUAACGCGUCGUCGUUUUCAUAUUCCAUCAAAAAGGGACAGUCGUCGGUGUUUAGCAUUGAUGACAGCGCUGGCGCGCUAACUCUUACGAGAAUUCCCGCGGAAAAUGACGCUAUCAAACAGAAGGCUCAUAUAAUGAGGGUGGUCGCAACAGAUGAUGGCAACCCAGUGCAGUCGGGAGAGGCCUUUGUGGUUAUCCAAUUCGAAAAAUGUCCUUUUAGCAACAUCACAACGACAACGGCAUUUCCAACCACGUCAACAGAAGCAGCAUUCGUUUAUAAUUGUUCAAAUAUAACAUCAACAGUAAGAGAGUGUCCCAGUGUAUUACAGAUGCCUCUGGUUGAAAACUGGGCUCUACGGUCAGUCUGUGGUCUUAUGGCGGUCUCUAUGGGAAUCAUGGGAGUCCUACUAAUAAGAAAGAACAAGAUUAAAAGCCCCUCGUUGUUCAAACAGAUGUCAAGACUAACGACACCAGUCAUUCAGAGUGAUGAGGACUCUAAGUUGAAACCUGCAUGGAUUAAAAAUGGUUUACCGGAACUACCUGCUAGUCACGUGGCACCUGUUGAUACCCGAGCUGGUGGAAUAUUAUCAGAUCUAAAAUUAGAAUCACUUGCCUGAUUUGACAGUAUACAAUACCACUGUUGUUACGUUAUCUGUUUGACUACAACGUAAUUCUACUUGUAAUACAAGCGUAAUCACUUGUUUUCAUUAAUAUCCAACAGCCUGAUGUCAGCAGUUCAUGGAGAUUGUGCGUCAUUGAUAGAUUGAAGUCAGAUUUUGGAAACAAACGUGUUGAUAUUUGAGAAAUAUUUUGGAAACAAAAGCGUACAUUUUAUAAAGAUUUUUGAAACAGAAGUGUAAAUUGUAUAAAGAUUUUGAAACGAAAAGUGUAAAUUUUAUAAAGAGUUUGGAAACAGAAGUGUAAAUUUUAUUAAAGAGUUUGGAAACAGAAGUGUAAAUUUCAGAAAGAUUUUGGA